AUGCAUCAGUACAAAUUUCGAUUUUGGCUCAGACAGUCAUUGAAGAAUAGAUGCGGUUUCUUUUCGCUCUUAGCCGCGAUUUUUUUGUACAUUUUUUAUAAAUAUUUUUUAGAUUUUUUUAUAACAAAAAAAAAUUGUGUGUAUCCCAGAAAAUGUAUGAAACUAAAGAAAACUUUGAAUACGUUGUUGAAUUACCUAAAACACCAAAAGUUGCCUUUGGUACUAAAGUAGAACGAAUGAGUACGAAUAUGUGGCCCUAUACAUCGAGUAUGGGAAGCAAUGAAUCUUAUUCAUCAAUAACGUCCGCAACGUUUAGCAGUUUAUACAAAGAGUGUCCCUCGAAGUACGGCUGUUCACCGCUCGUCAGUCAAACGCCACGUUUUUCCUCACGUAAACAGGAUAGAAAUCCGCCCGUAGGUAAAUACAUUACUGAAUAUGACAAAUCAAUAAAGCCAUGUAAGAAACCCUUUAAUGUUGGAGCGGCCUUAAGGAAGGAGCCGAAAUUUCUGACACCCGCUCCAACCACCUAUCCAUAUCACAUAAAAAUACCCGAUCCACUCAACUAUUGUCUCGCCUUCGGCACACGUCGUAUAAUAUGGCCAGCCGUGGCGACUUUAUGCAGCGCUAGAAACUAUAUGAAAUGCUUUCGUUGCCAAAAACAAACCGAUAGUGAUUACUAUCACAAUUUCAAUACGAACUUAGACAUUUGUAGACUCUGUUUGAAGACGGAAUUGAGGGAACUGCGACAUUGUAAGAUGGAUGAUUACAAACGCAAACGAAAGUUGAAGGAGUGGAGUGAAUUUAAGUUGGUGCGCCAUUGCAGCUUCUAUCAUUCGCAUAGAAAUGGAAAAAUGAUAUUAACGUUACUUCCAAAAACGGAACUGCAUUUAAAAUUAAAAGUCGAGAACUAUUUAUAUCCAUACUAUCCGGUGUGGGAUAAGCGUUUUAUAUGAGCGAUGUUGUGGGAAGAAUGCGUGAGUCAUGAGAAUAGACGCUCACCUUUGGAAUAUUUCUGUAUUUAUAUAGGUCUACAAAGUAUGGUAUGCCAUAAAAAAUUACAAAAUUAAAAAAAAACAACAACAACAACAAAAAUAUAUAAUAAAGAAAAAAUAAAUUACGACAAUGUAAUAUAUUCUCUUAAAA